AUGGAAGUAAAAGUGAACAAGAAAGCAAGGACAUGGAAAACAGAAGAAUUGCUGGCACUUUCAAAAGAGGAGUUGAUUGAUAAAAUUAAUCAAUUAGAGGCGCAUAAUACUCAGCUGAAAAGCAUCGUGCAGAAAAACCUUCAAACCCUCGAAAACUCCCACAGUAAGGGUACGAAAAAACAUCGACCAUUUGAUUUCAGCAAAUGUUUCAAAAGACAUGUUCUGCUGCGAUUCUAUUAUCUGGGCUGGGACUAUCAGGGUUUUGCAGCCCAGGAAAACUCAAUAGAAACAAUCGAGCAUCACAUUUUCGCAACACUGAAAAAAGUGUGCCUUAUCGAGAGUCGUGAAAGUUCCAACUACAAUCGUUGUGGUCGUACGGAUAAGGGUGUGAGUGCAUUUCAUCAGGUGAUUAGUUUGGAUAUCCGUUCGAAAUUUUCACCCGAAGAGCAGAUGGACGAGCAAAGGCUAAUGGGGGAACUGGAUUACUGCUCUAUGCUAAACCGAGUGCUACCGGAAGAAAUCCGUUGUCUUGCCUGGAUGCCGAUAGUUAACCCAGCAUACAGUGCACGUUUCGAUUGUCGCUCUCGAACGUAUCGUUAUUUCUUUCCUCGCGGGAAUUUAAACAUUCCUGCAAUGGAAGAAAGCGCACGUUAUCUACUAGGAACGCACGAUUUUAGGAAUCUGUGCAAAAUGGACGUUGGAAACGGAGUCGUUUGCUUCAUGAGGACCGUGGAUGAAAUCAACAUACGAUCCUCCCAAGCGGACGGCAAAGGAGACGAUAGCUACGACAUGUUGUACCUCCAGUUGCGAGGUAAGGCAUUUCUUUGGCACCAAGUUCGUUGUAUUAUGGCCGUGUUGUUGCUGGUUGGCGAAGGAAAGGAAUCUCCAUCCAUCGUAAAAGAGCUGCUGGACGUGGAGAAGAAUCCCUGCAAACCACAGUACAGUAUGGCUAGCGAUGUACCUCUGAAUCUUUACGAUUGUCAGUUCAAUGAGAAGAGCAGUGAAUCGAGCCUUGUUGAAUCAAGCAGGGAAAACGAUCUGACAGAAUGGAUUUAUAAGGAAGACGACUUACGGCGUACCAUGUCAGAUUUACAGGGAUUAUGGAGCAAGCAGAGUGUGAAAUGUACUAUGAUGCGCGAGAUGUUGGGAACAUUGCACGGCGUUUAUGAAAACCUAUUCGGUAAUGCACGUCCUAUCACGGAGCAAACUGUUUCUUUGACAUUAGGAGUUAGAAGCAAAGAGUAUUGUCCAUUGCUCCAACGACAACGAUGCGAAAGCCUUGAAAAUCGCAUCGAACACUAUACCAAGAAACGACGCAUUGAGAUAAGUAGUACAACAACCGACACUAAAACCGUACUAACGAGUGGAAUCGAAUCCAACGGGUAG